AUGACCACAGCUACGCAGCAACAGCAGCACCAACCACCACAACCACAUCUCGGUUUUAUUGUCGACACAUACGAUCCGGAUGAUGUGGUUCCUCGAGGGAGCCCCCUCAUGACCCCGCUUCGUCCCAAGCUCGAGCCGUCUCCAAGUCCUCCUCCAGAAAUACCUGCAACUCAAGUCAGUCUUAGUACUUCCUGUAUCGGCGGUCGCGGCAAGUCUAAUCGCCACAAGGUUCGUCCAACUUCUGGGGACGCCGUUCUAGUCGCUUAUCUCGACAAUGGACGUGAUCCUGAAAUCGCUCGCGCAGCCGGCCGCGAAAGUCUUCCAUGCGACGAAGAAUCGCCCGACGAAGACGCUCAAGAUAGGCCCGCAAACGAUAAUCUCAUGAGCGGGCCGUCGCUUCGGCACCUUGCCGCAGGCGCACUGCAAGCUGCUUCAAUAGCUACAGCGCCAUCCACCCUCGCAGCCGCAGUACCCAAAACGAUACCCGACAUAUCGAUACCGACCGGCCAGCUUUCAAUUCAUGAUGAGCCUCCAGUUAACGCCUUACCUACUUCGCGAUAUGUUCCUACCAACAGAGUUACAUCACCACUAAUCCCACCCAGCGGGCCCUUGCCGCCGCUUCAUGGAGUUCGUGCGCCAGUCGGCGAAUCUAAGGAGACGAUACCCUCACAGUCUCUUCCAUCUCUGCGUUCCACUUUCGGAGAACUCAGAGAUCUGGCUCCCGAACAUUUACCCGAACAGGAACUUGGACGUGUCCCUUCAGGGCCAUCCUCAACUUUUCCUGCCUCGCCAGCUGGAAAUAUCGGGCAUCGCUUCAGUGUAAGCACUCUCUCGUCUUCACCUUGUUCACCGCCCGAAGGUUAUAGAACACUUUCUCCGCAUUCUGCUCCAAGCGCGAGUAUUCACUACUAUGCAACAAAUGGCACUCAUCCUCGAGCCCCGACAGAAUAUAGUAGCAGUAGCAAUGCUGGUGAGACUCCAAAUACCGAUCAUUCUGUUUCUACACCCGCCACUUCUACCUCAAUCAACUCUGCAUCUAUCACUGAUCGCAUGAGCAUUGAUGGCAUCACGCAUCCGCAACAUAUGACCGGCUCCUACACAUGCACAGUCCCGGGGUGCAAUGCUGCUCCAUUUCAGACUCAGUAUCUCCUCAACUCUCAUAUGAAUGAUAUGUGUGCCCAUACUGUCCUGACAGGGAACAUAAAUAUCCACGACCGGAUAAUUUACAGCGGUACGUCACCUCGCAAGCUCAACUAUGAUUUGAUUGCGUUUCCAACUAUCGACUCGAAUAUUGACAGUGGUGGCCAUAGACACGUUCGUGUUCAUCACCCAGACAAAGACAAAGACGAUCCACAACUACGAGAUGUACUCGCUCAACGACCAGACGGACCCAAUCGUGGUCGGAGAAGACGUGGACCACCCACGUGA